AGGGGACACAAAACACUGACGCAAAAUAUAUUGCUUGUAGUAUCUGCAGAGUGUUUGCCCUGGAGCUGCAGUGGGGAUGGAGCUGCCAGCCCUGAGGGUACUACCACUGCCAGCCGGAGCCGGGUACUGCUGGCAGCAUGCACACAGGUAUAAAUGAAGAUUUCAGAAGAAGUGCGAGAUAACUGGCUUUCACAUCCUCAUCUCUUCCUGCUUCUGCCUGGUGACAUCACACAUGGAGAAAGCCUAUCACCUUCUGUGGCUUGGAAAUACCGUUUCUGAGCCGUUCACACUGCAGCUAGAACCGGUUCUGAACCGUGUAGGACCCUGCUUUUUAACCAUUUCAAAAUACCAGUACAGAACCAUACACAGCUGCUCUGCUAGAAAUGACGUACCAGAAGCCACCAGAUGGAGGUAGCGGCUGGAUCAUUGUCACAGCCUCGUUCUUUAUCCAGUUUCUGUGCUAUGGUUCUCCUCUGGCUGUAGGAGUUCUGUAUGUUGAGUGGUUAGAUGUCUUUGAUGAAGGUAAAGGGAAGACUGCAUGGGUCGGGUCUCUGGCUGCUGGAGUGGGACUACUUGCAAGUCCCCUGUGUAGCGCGAGUGUCUCCUCCUUUGGCGCACGCCCUGUCACCAUCUUCAGCAGCUUCUUAAUAGCUGGGGGACUCAUUCUGAGCAGCUUUGCACCCAACCUGUACUUCCUUUAUUUCUCAUAUGGAUUUAUGGUUGGGUUUGGAUGCGGCUUACUGUACACAGCCACGGUUACCAUCACCUGCCAGUACUUUGAAAAACGUAGAGGGCUCGCACUUGGUAUCGUCUCAACAGGUUCCAGCGUUGGUACCUUUAUAUAUGCGAGUCUGCAGAAGGAGCUGAUAGCCCUUUAUGGACUAGAUGGGUGUUUGCUAAUUGUUGGGGCACUAUCGUUAAACAUACUGGCAUGUGGUAUUCUGAUGAGGCCCUUGGCUCAGUUGCCUAGCACUACACUUGAAAAGCCAAGCACGGAAAAAGUCCCAGAUACCUACCUCAUCUACCAUAAACCAGAACAGAACAAUGAAGAAGACACUGGGAUGUUUGAAAAGGAAAAACUCCAUGAAUCAAACGGGGACUUUUGCUUGCAGGAAAAUAAUCUCAGUAAAAGAGAAUCUAGGACUCAGUGUGAGAUUGUAAAGGACAAUAGUAAUAACACAGUUGUAGAGAAACGGAAAUGCAAACAGCUUGUUAAAAACAAAUUCUAUGGUUACUUGGAUUACUGGGAAGAUACUUUGGGCCUGUUCAAAAAUAAAGUAUUCACUGCCCUAUUCAUUAACAUUUUGCUCUUUGACAUUGGGGGGUUUCCACCCGGUUUUCUCAUGGAAGAUGUUGCCAAAAGUGCUAAUAUUGAUAAAGAGAUCAUGGUGGUACCUCUAGUAUCCAUCACUGGUAUUAUGAUGGCCGUCGGGAAGCUUGUCCUAGGUAUCAUGGCUGAUUUUAAGUGGAUUAACACGUUGUAUCUGUAUGUCUUUACUCUAAUAGCAACAGGUUUGGCAGUAUUUGCAGUUCCUUUUGCCAAAACGUAUACCACCUUGGCUAUUAUUGCUGGGGCAAUAGGAUUUUUUACUGGGAACUGGUCAAUAUUCCCGUAUGUAACAACAGACAUUGUUGGUCUGGAUAAACUCACUCAUGCCUAUGGGAUACUGAUGUUCUUUGCUGGUGCUGGAAACUGCCUCGGACCUCCUAUAGUUGGCUGGUUUUUUGACUGGACACAGACGUAUGAUAUUGCCUUCUGCUUUUGUGGAAUAUGUGUUCUCCUCGGAGGACUUUCCUUGUUAGUUGUGACGUUGCCAUGUUGGAAGAAAUGUAAAACUAAAAAGUCAGGACCAUCUUCAAUGAGUUACUCCUAUAAAGUAGCUUCAAGCGUUUGACUUUGAAGUAUUACUGCCAAACAUUUCUUAGAAUUUAGUGAAUUGUCCUACUUCUUAGUUAACUAGAGGGUUAUGUGCCCUGGAUUCUUAAAUUACAGAUUAUUAUAGGCACUAUAAAAUAGAAUAAUCUAUUACUUUUCAAUAGAGAUGAACAAGCUGUUCUUUAGAAUUUUGCCUUAUAACAACCAUGUGCAUUUCCCUUGCGGAAUUGGUGCCUGAGGGCCCGAUUCAGCUUGGAACGCAGGAACGAAUGCGUUUGCACGCCGGGGCCUUUUGAAGUGUGCCACGGGCAGAAGCUGUACUGCGCGUGCGCACACUGUGAUCUCACAUUUGUGAACACCUCAGCCUGAUUGACAGGCAGAGGCGUUCGUGGGGCAGGAGGGGGCGUUGUGUCUGCGCUUCGGAAGCGGAAUUGGGGAUGCGGUCUGGGCAAUGCCUACGUGUCCGGACCGUUUGCAGGGCAGGCAGCGGCGACUGUGUGACAUCACACGCAGCUGCUGCGACCCAAUAAAUGAUGCGUUGCCAUCUGCCUUAGCAGCUAGUCAGCGUAUGCAGAAGCGCUCGCAUUUUUGAGGGGGGGGGCAGGACCUGGCAUGCGGGACGGACCUGCCCUAUGCUGGGCGUCCCCCCGCAUGUCAGUGUAAUGGGUCGCACAUCUAAGACCCGUGCUGCAUUAGGAAAUUCCCUGCUCUGCCAUAAAUUGUGAUUAGCAACUAUUUCAUAUCUACUUUUCAAGGUAAAAUUCAGUAUUUCCUUAUUUUAAAAUACCUGUGAUGAUAAGCCUUUAUGUUAAAAGGAAUCUCAGGAAAUGUGUCAAUGUAAUCAAUUGGAAAUGUAUGUUAUCGUUUCCAUCCAUAUCAAACAAGCUGCUUUAAAGUUUGUCAAAAAUGUGUAGUAUUUAUGAAUGACAGGCAAAAAAAAAAUCCUCGUGUGCCUUAUUUCAGAGUUUAGCAAUAAAUAAUAAUGACAAUAUGCUAUUUCAUUUAUAUUAAGUUGGACCAAAAUAGUUGAUGUAUCUUUCCUGCUUAGUACUCUUUUGUAGUCCAGGCAUUAAUGACUAAAUGAGAAUUUAAGGCAAAUUCCAUCUUCAGAAAAAAAAAUGUUUUGCAGCAAAUUUAUUUUCAUUUCCCUGAAAUAUGACAGCAAAUCUGUUGUGUGGUACUUUUAUUUCUAGGGCAUACUUUGCCUACUCCCCCGGAAGCUGUGGGAGGCUCCACAUUUUUUAGGUUAUCCCCUGCACCCCUGGAGGGGUUGGUGGAUGUGAUAAUACAUGAAACCUCGGGUACGUAUGGAAGGGGUGUGGCUAUAAUGUGUGCCCCACCCCCAAAGCUAUCUGCAGCAUCUCCUCUCUGGACUUCUCCCAGAAAAGAGAUGAAUAAAAUAGGCAAGUAUGUUUUAAGGGGCCUAGUCAUCAGGUUCAUUGUACAUGCAGAAACAAUAGUUUCCGCCUGUUUUAAGUAACUCAAUAAGCAUUGCUGCAAUGCAGAAGUUAUGACUGAUAUCUGCUGGCACAGCACUGUCCUGAUAUGACACACCAUCUCCAUACACUAAUAUGUGGGCAUAAUGUUUUCAUAGUUUGACUUUGGGCACUAAUGACAUCUUCAGACGGCAUCGGCCCGCUGUCGGGGUCAGACUGGCCCACAGGAGUACAGGGGAAACCCCUGGGGGGCCCACUGCCUGAGGGAGCAACCCUUCCUCUAGGUCUCAGGUUCCAAACUGUGCACUUGAUUUUACAUAUCUUACAUUAUACUGCACAAGACAUGGUGCUGUUAUUAAUCAGGUUCAUUAUCAUGCAUGCACUCCCCCUCUGGAGACUGGCCACACCCCAACACGUGGGCCCCUACCACUGCAUUCCUCGGUGGGCCCUUCAUGCUCCAGUCCAACACUGCCCGCUGUGUCCUGCUCUUUCCUGUUUGAAGGAGAACCUCCUCCUCUGGCCUAUGCGUUGAGGAUAACACAGCCAUGUCAAAACCUGGCAGUGUACACUUUUGCCACAACUAAUUAUGAUAGGUAUCACGGAACAUCUACUUUUUGUAGCAGCUGCUCCAGCACCAACGCAAUCCCGGAGCUCCAGGGCUAUUCCCAUGACACCCAUAGAGUGGUAAUAGAUCCUGUGGCAAGCGCAACAUGCCACCGAGUCCGCAGCGCGAUGAGCGCAGUGAGCCCGCAAGGGGACUCAGUGCCCGCCCCGCUGCCGGCAUUCCGUUGUGGGCGGGAUGCUGAUGUCGGGAUAUUAACAGCCGGCAUCCCGCCCGUCGGGAUAACGUAUGUAAUCCGUCUGCUGAUGCAAAUUGUGGCAAGUUAGAGUCCUAAUUUCCAUGUAGUUUUUGUCACUAGUAAUGAAUCCCUCAUAUGCACAGACCUUAGUUUUUCUGCUGUCACAUUUAAGGGCAAUGUUCUCAAACACAUUUGCUUGUAAGAUAAACUUGCUUCUGAAGCUGGAAUUAAAGUCACUUACAAACCAAUAUACAAAAGUGGAAGCUGCUCAGUCAGUUUUUGUUGUUACUUACAAAUAAAAUGCCUUUUUAAUGUCAGCACCCCCACAAAAGUAUUCUGCGCCUGGUUGUGAAUGCAAUUGGAAGAAUCUACAAUGAAGCGGGGAGUCAACAAGCCAAAUAUUUGCAAAAUUUAUCACAACCGCCCUUUAUUUUAACCCAUUUCAUUUGCCCAAAGUGUCAGUAAUUGGCUCUAUUGCACAAAAUUAAAUUGUGCUCACUUACUGUAUUUUGCAAGCACCUUCUUUAGGCAGUUAGAAUUAGAAUUAGAGUUUUAAUGCAAAUUGCAGUCAAAUGACUUUUCACUUUGUUUGCAAUCAGGCAAUUAUCUGAUAUGAUAUGUAUCACCAAGGGCAGGGCCGAAACUAGGGGUUUUGGCACCCAGGGCAAGGCAGUAAUUUGGCACCCCCCAUGUGCGCACACACUCUUUAUAACUGUGUCAAAAACACACCAAUAAACAGUUGGCAAAGUGACAACUAGCACCGUCAGGGUGCAUCCAGCACCAUUCCCUAGGAAAAUGGAUAGGAACACAAGAAAAUUAACAUGCACCUCAGAUACAGUAUUGUGGGAGACUCUGGCCAAUCGCUGUAGGAAUACAAAGCCCAGUCUACCAGUAGGGGCCUAGGACCAAUUAAAGAGGAGUACCAACUUUAUGGGGAGGACACACACACAAUGUGGAUUAUCCUAGCUGCAGGGAGGAGUGGCUAGUGUUAUAUACCUGUUAUAAGCCAUGCAAUCACUGUAUCACUCACUGGGGGGGGGGG